UUAUCUCACACUCCCCCCACAAAGGGAUAGGAUCUCUGGACAUCGUCCUCCGUAUCUUGCUAAAACACUGAUGUCUGGCCUUCAACGAGGUCCCCAAACCCAGAAACCAGGAUCUCCUCUGCAACCCCAAAGAUUUCCCUCCCCACCUUCAUUCCUUCUUAUCCCUUUAAUUUCUUCUUCUUCUUCUUCUUCUUCUUCUUCUCCACCAUUAUUCUUCUUCUCCUCCUUCAUUAUGGCUUUCCUUAAGCUUACCUUCUCUUCACUCAUCUUCAUCCUUACUCCUUUGCUCUUCAUCCUUCUUGAUCACCUCCACACUCAUAAAUAUUACAACUGUUCUUCUUCUGCUUCUCCUUCUCCUUCUCUUCAUCAUCACAUUACUAAACUUACAGGGAUAAGUACUAACUCCACCACCAUUGCAAGUGUCUCUACAGACUUUGGGAGAGUGAUCAAAGCCUCACCAGCAGGAGUUUUCCAUCCUUUAUCAGUCACUGACAUCACCAACCUUGUUCGUUUCUCCUAUGAGGGUCCACAGCGUUUCACUAUAGCUGCCAGGGGAUGUGGUCACUCUAUCAGAGGCCAAGCACUUGCCCCAGGUGGAGUGGUUGUUGAAAUGAGGUCACUUAUGAGGGUUGGUGUGGAGAGGAUUAGGGUUUGCUCUACUGAGAUGUAUGUUGAUGCUGGUGGAGAACAGCUCUGGAUUGAUGUUUUGCAUGAGACUUUAAAGUAUGGACUUGCACCACGCUCAUGGACUGAUUAUCUCUACCUAACCGUCGGCGGGACGUUGUCCAACGCUGGUGUUAGUGGCCAGGCCUUCCUUCAUGGCCCGCAGAUAUCCAACGUGCAUGAACUUGACGUAAUCACUGGGAAAGGAGAGGUUGUGACAUGUUCGGAGAAUUAUAAUUCAGAGCUCUUUUUUGCUGUUUUAGGAGGUCUAGGACAGUUUGGUAUCAUAACCAGAGCAAGGAUAGCACUUGAGACUGCUCCAGAAAGGGUGAGAUGGGUGAGAUUGAUUUAUAAUGACUUCAGUGCAUUCAUCAGAGAUCAAGAAUGGUUGAUAUCAAUGGAUCAAGAGAAGAAGAAGAAGGGGUUUCAAUAUAUAGAAGGGUCUGUUAUCAUGGAGCAAGGGAUUAAAAGUGGGUGGAGAUCUAGUUUUUUCUCAGGUGGUGAUAUGGAGAAAAUAGGUGGUCUAGGUGGAGAGAAACAGCAAGGACCCAUUUACUGCUUGGAAGGGUCCAUGUACUACAACAACGUCACAGCAUCUAAGGUUGAUCAGGAAGUUGAGUUGUUGCUUCAAGACCUGAGUUUCCUGCCAGGGUUUUCAUUCACCCAUGAUGUGUCGUACCUGCAUUUUCUUGAUAGAGUUCAUCAUGGGGAGUUGAAACUCAGAGCUAAAGGUCUUUGGGAUGUUCCUCACCCUUGGCUCAAUUUCUUUGUCCCAAAGUCAAGGAUACAAGAUAUCAACCUUGGAGUCUUCAACGCCAUUCUUAAGAACAACAACUCCAUGGGUCCUAUCCUCAUCUACCCUGUGAACAAGAACAAGUGGGAUGAAAGGAUGUCAGCAGUGAUCCCAGAGGAAGAAAUAUUCUACUCUAUAGGACUAUUGAGAUCAGGUUUGCAUGAUUUGGAGUAUUUGGAGAAGCAAAACAAAGAAAUAUUGCAUUUUUGUGAUCAACAAGGCAUCAGGUUCAAACAAUAUCUGCCACGGUACAACACUCAAGCUGAAUGGAUGAAUCAUUUUGGUAGUAAAUGGGAUGCAUUUGUUCAGAUGAAAAUGAAGUAUGACCCAAGAGCCAUCUUAUCUCCAGGCCAGGGAAUAUUUACAUCAUCACUUGUUGAUCAUCAUCCUAAUGAGUAAUUAAUGUCUUUAUAUAUAUAUAUAUAUAUAUUUGUAAACAUAAGAACCUUGUUGAUUAGUCUGUGUGGUGAACCUAGUGUUGACCAAUGCAAGGGAAAAGAACAAGGUGGUUGAAGUUUAAAGGAUAUGUUUGU